AUGUCAUCGUCUUUCGGAGAUAUUGUUGCUGAAGAGACCUUAUUUUUUAUGUGUGAUAUGCAAGUUAAAUUUGUACCAGUAAUGCAACAUUUUGAUGAUAUUAUUACUGUUACUGAAAGAUUGAUUGAAGGCGGCCAAAUUCUUAAAAUUCCAUUGAUUGUCACUGAACAAUAUCCUAAAGGACUUGGCAACACAAUACCUCAACUGAAUAUAAAACAUGCUUCUGUUUUUCCUAAAAAUAAAUUCACCAUGUUUAUACCUGAAGUUGAAGAAAUAAUUGUAUGGAAGAAUCCUAAACAUGUUGUCUUGUUUGGAAUUGAGGCACACAUCUGUAUACUACAGACAGUUAUUGAUUUAUUGAAACAUAAUAUUCAAGUCCAUGUAGUAGCAGAUGCUUGCACAUCCCGAAAUUUGAUGGAUCGAUUAUUUGCUUUUGAGGUAUUCAUCUACUAUAUUUAUUUUAUAUUAAUGGAUUUAUUUUUAAUCUGA